AUGAAGUUCACGCAGCCCAAUCCACGCAAAUACCUGACCAAGUCAUACUGGCACCUCUCAACGCCCCCCGCGUCGUACGCGACACACGAAGGGUGGUCCAAUGCGGACGUCGACGUUGUGCCCGUCGAGCAGCGGUCCUGGCGCGAGAUCAACUACCUUUUUCUGUGGCUCGCGGACGGCGCAAACGUCGGCACGAUGCAGCAGGCGGGCGCAAUCGUCGCGCUCGGUCUAUCGUGGCGCGAGGCGUCUGCGGCGAUCGCGAUAGGCAACAUCAUCAUCGCCGCCGCCGUCACGCUGAACGGCACCAUCGGCUCACGGCACCACGUCCCCUUCUCGAUCGCCUCGCGCGCGUCGAUGGGGUUCUAUUUUUCGUACUUUGCCGUCGUGUCGAGGCUUGUGCUCGGGCUAUUGUACUUCGGGAUCAAUACGUAUAUCGGCGCGAGCUGUAUGCUGAUCAUGCUCGAAGCUAUCUGGCCGUCCUUGAAGCACUACCCGAACAGUAUACCGGCGCACAUCGGCAUCACGAGUAACAAGAUGAUAGCCUACUUCGUCUUCUGGACCCUGCAACUCCCGCUUGUCCUGAUACACCCGCGCAAGAUGCGCUGGCUCUUCUUCGUCAAGUCCAUCGCAGCCGUCAUCGCCGCAUUCGCGCUCUUGGGGUGGACAGUGCACAAAGCCGGCGGCGGCGGGCCCGUGUUCGCUCAGCACUCGAAGCUUAGCGGGAGCACGAAGAGCUGGGCGUGGGUCGCGGCUGUCAACAUCGCCAUCUCGGGGAAGACGACGUUAGCCAUCAACAUCCCCGACCUCACGCGCUACGCGCACAAAACCUCCGACGCGUACUGGCAGCUUCUCUUCAUCCCCCUCGUCUACUUCUCCUUCUCCUUCAUCGGCAUCGUCAUCGCCUCGGCCGGCCAGUCCAUCUACGGCACGCUCUACUGGGACCCCACGUCCAUCGUCGCGCUCCUCCCCUCGCGCGCCGGCUCGUUCUUCUGCGCCUUCGCGUUCGGGCUGGCUACGUUGGGCACGAACAUCAGCACGAACUCUAUAGCGAGCUCGAACGAUUUCGCGUUUUUGGCGCCGAGGUGGUUGAGCAUACGGCGCGGGGCGCUGUUGACGGCUGUGCUGGGCGGGUGGGCGACGUGUCCGUGGCAGAUUCAGGCUAGCGCGGCUAGUUUGACGACGUUCUUAAGCGGGUAUAUCAUUGUGCUUGCUCCGAUCGUUGCUAUCAUGGUGACCGACUACUACCUCGUCCGCCGAACGCACCUCCAUAUCCCAGCGCUGUACCAGAACGAGGGCAUAUACAGGUAUCGGGCCGGCGUCAACUGGCGCGCACUCGUGACUUUGCUCGUCGUCGUGCCGAUCAACCUGCCCGGUCUGAUCCACGCCAUCAACCCGAAAGUCGAUAUAGGCAACUAUCUGUACUUCUACAAAGCGUCGUGGUUCACGUCGUUCUUCAUCUCCGCCGCGAUAUACUUCGUACUGUCCAGACUCUUCCCGCCGACUGCGACGCUUGUCGAGCAGACUGUUGGAAGUCUUGAAGGGGAGAGGAAGCGCGGUGUGGAGGGGCCUUCGGACGAUCGGAAGGUGCCGGAGUCGGAGAAGGAUGCUGAUCUAGAUGUGCUUGAGAGAGAUGCGGUCAAUCGUGUAUGA